GAUGUGCAGCAGAGAGAGUUUGUAACAAUCAAAGAGGGAACAGAUGACAACAGAUGAGACACAGGAAAGUCUCCUCUAAGAUACAUGCUGUCAGUGUGUGAGACAAGACACUGUUCUGGGAUGUCUAUUUAGGGCAGAGGCUACUUUUGUUUGGCAGACCGUGUAUCGUCACAUUUCAACUGAUUUGUGUGCAGGUUACUAGGGAAACUUCAGUUUCGCUACGAAACUAAACUUUGAAAAUGAACAUUUGCUGGAUACUCACGAUCCUCCUCUCCCUCUGUUUCUCCAGUACUGCCAACGUGAUUAGCUACAAUAUCUUUGAUGACCUCCAUGUUGUCCAGGUUCGUGUCAACGGCACAACGCCGGUUUGCUGCCCCAAACUGAAAGGCAAGAACGGCGAGGAGAGGUUAUACACCCUCCUUUUGGGAGGUUCAGAGAUUAGAAACCACUCCUAUGACAUCGGCAGUAACUACAGUGAGACCGUCAAGGAGGGGCUGAGGAUACAAGUGAACAAAAUGGAGUACACCUUCAAAUUUGUUCUUUCUGGAAUAACAACACAGCAAGCCGGUGUCUACACCUGCAAGGUGCAAAACACAUACCCUCCCCCCGUGGAGGAUGUAAAAGAAAUGUGUCAGACUCUGGUCCUGGUCCAAGAUUAUCAGGGUCCGGCAGGAUGUGAAGGGCAUGGUGAUGUAGGUUGGAUCUGGAAGCCGUUGUUCUGGAUCAACCUUGUCUAUGGCCUGGCAGUCACUAUCAUCGCCUUAGCGUGUUGCGUCAGACUGAGGAAAGGGGAGGGUACCCAAAGUGACUACAUGAACACCAGGCCCAGAGCUCCACCCAGGGUGCUCAAGAAGAACCAGGGGGUCCAGCAUCCAGUCCGAAUGGGACGCUACUGAACACAAUUCUCAGAGCCCAGUCCUUCUCAGACUAUAGCAGAACUGAAAAUGAAAUGGCCCCUCGAGAGCUGCCUGGAGAAACAGAGCAAGUGCUUUCUGUAAAUACAAAAGCCAUUGUGUCAAAUGAUAUGGCCUACAUCGAAUUGUAAAUCCGAUUGUGUGUAAAUUGAGUAUUCUGAGUUCAGAUUAAAGAUAUACAACCCCAUUUCCAAAAAAGUUGGGACACUGUGAGGAAUUGAAAUAGAAACAAUGGAAAG